CUGAACACUUUAGAAGCAGAGCUGCGAUGAGGAGAGAGGCAGUGUCCUUGGAAAUUAAAGGAUUAGCAGAGCAGCCAACUCCUUUUUUCACCUGCAUGCAGGGAGUUCACUUGUUAAAACCGUAGAUCUGCAAUUGAAGGUUCCCCAUUUUUUAUGAUCUGCUAAUACUGAUAUCUUCUUAGAUACAUGUUCUGCAUUUUUGGAUGAACUGAUUUUGCGCAUACCAGUGAGAUCCCUGCUGCCUCUUCCUAGAGAACAAGCUUCUUCCACCAUUUCCAGCACACAAAGAAGCCGAAGUCCUGGUUUUCUUGGAAUUUACAUACCAUAAAAGCCUGAAGCAAUAUUUGCCUUCAUCUUCUUUCCUUUAAUCAGUCCCAUUUUGUGAAAAGUUAUAAGAAACAUGUUGCUAAUUAUUUUUUCUCUUUUAAGUGUGGGCACUGUUCUAGUCACAGCAGGAGCGUCUCUUUACUGCCCUCUUCAGUGUGUUUGUGAAACACGACCCUGGUUUACACCUCAGUCUGUUUAUCAUGAGGCCAAGACUGUUGAUUGCAAUGACUUACAGCUGACAAGUAUCCCCAGUAACUUGUCUGUUGAUGUUCAAGUCUUGUUGCUUCAAAGCAACAAUAUUUCUCAGGUAACAGCAGAGCUUCUAAACAUGGUCAACCUGACAGAACUGGAUUUAUCUCAAAAUCACUUUACCAGAAUUGAAGAUGUUAUGCUGUCUAAUCUCUCACAGCUCAUCACUCUGUACUUGGAGGAAAAUCAGAUAAAGGAGUUGCCAGACAACUCUUUAAAAGGACUCGUCAGCCUUGAGGAACUUUACAUUAACCACAAUCAGAUAAUCUCCAUUGGUCCUAAAGCAUUUUCAGGGCUAACAAACCUUCUGAGGCUACACCUCAACUCAAACAAGCUUCAAGUUAUUGACAGUCAUUGGUUUGAGUCAUUACCCAAUCUGGAGAUCCUAAUGAUUGGGGAAAAUCCAAUACUUGGUCUCCAUGACAUGAACUUCAGACCACUAACUAAACUACACAGCUUAGUCCUAGCUGGCAUGGAACUUAAAGAGAUCCCAGAAAAUGCCUUAAAAGGUCUCGACUACCUAGAGAGCCUCUCUUUAUAUGAUAACAAGUUAUCUAGGGUUCCAAAGGAAUCAUUAAAGAAGCUGCCAGUCUUGAAAUUUCUUGACCUUAACAAAAAUCCCAUCGAAAAAAUUCAAACAGGUGAUUUUCAUGACUUUCCACAUCUUGAGGAACUGAGCAUAAACAAUAUGGAAGAGCUGGUGUCUGUUGAAAAGUAUGCUUUUGAUAGCUUGCCAGAACUGGUCAAACUGGAGGUCUGCAAUAACCCAAAGCUGUCAUUUGUGGAUCCUUUCGCAUUUCAUAAUGUCAUAACUCUUAAAACUCUGUUGAUUAACAACAAUGAUAUAAGCCUGAUACACAAGAAUGUCUUUCAGUCGUUGCCUAACUUAAAUGAGGUCAGCCUCCACAGCAAUCCUAUUAGAUGUGACUGCUCAUCCAAUUGGCGUGUAUUAAAUAAUCAAAGUAUACGCUUAAUGGAGCCCCAGUCUACAAUUUGCAUGUAUCCGUCUUCAAUAAAUGGUCAUCAACUCCAAGAUGUUCUACAUCAGGAAUUCUUAAACAGCUGCCUUCCAAUGAUAAGUCCCCACACAUUACCAUCCAGUAUUAAUACAGCUAUGGGGGCCAUGAUUUCAUUACAUUGCCGGGCCAUGGCAGAGCCAACACCAGAAUUCUACUGGGUGGUACCAUCUGGAAUUAAAAUAACACCUGAUUCAUUCUCAAGCAAGCACAAGCUACAUUCUGAUGGUACCUUAGAAAUACUAAAUGCUAGCACUGAAGACUCUGGGAUUUAUACUUGCAUUGCCUGGAACUCUGAUGGAUCUGAAAGUAAAACUCUUUCUGUGCAUAUUAAUGGCACACUAGAAAGCAAUAAUACAGCUCUGGUCAUCCUUGCAAAGCAAGUCCAGUCACACUCUAUAGUAGUGGAGUGGAGACUUUUUUCAGGUACAGGGCAAUCCAAACCCCAGUGGUCAUCUGCCACAAUGAAGAUCUGUAAUCCACAUAUAAGCUACACAGCAAAGGUGCCCCUCGAUAUUAAGGAAUACAACUUAACUCAUUUACAACCAUCAACAAAGUAUGAGGUCUGUCUGAGUGUGUCCAUGCUGAACGAUCAGACUCACAGAUCCUGCCUGAACAUUACUACAAAAGAUGCAUCAUUCACAGUGGAGAUGGUCAGCCAGCCGGCUAAUGUGGCUCUUGCUGCAGUGAUGGGCUCCAUGUUUGCCAUAUUUAGCAUGGCAUUGCUGGUACUUUACAUGGGCAAAAGGCUCAAGCAGAACAGCUGUCAUCAUUCCCUAAAGAAAUACAUGCAGCAUGCGACUUCCAUCCCACUCAAUGAAGUGUACCCCCCACUCAUCAAUCUGUGGGAAAAUGAGAAUGAAAAGGAAAAAGACGGUGCAUUGGAUCAGCAAAACAUACAGAUUGACACAUCAAAAACGUACAUGUGGCAGCCUUAGAUGACAACAGACUAACAGAGCUCAAGAAAAGGAAAUCUGUAAAGCAGUACAGAGGCUUGCCUUAUUUCUGCACUGUCAUGGCAGCGCAGCUGGAUUGGGUAGUGUAGCAGUGCACUGUAAGAAACGUAGUCUGUGUUACAACAGUCUGGACAUAGCAUGUAGAUCAGUCAGUGUAGGAAAUUUACAAUUCCUGAGGCCUUCUUCUGAGCAAAAGUGACACAACACAGUGUUUUGAGUGGUUUCAGGCAUUGUUUCCUAAGGGUUAAUGUCCACUCCACACCACCACCAGUACAAUCUGUCUGAUAGAAGACCGCUAUUGUGCUACAGUUGGCAGCUCCUCUGACAGACUUUCAGUAGAAAAAAACUUUCAAGGAGUACUACUCUCAUUCAGUUAAAAAAAACAGUUUGGUAUAGUCUGUGACCUACAUUUUAUAAAUAAAGAAUCCAUAGAGACAUUUUUUAAAGGUACACAAAUUACUUUCCUGUGACACAUAACCCUAACUAAACUGUAGUACUACUAGAUAUGUAGAAA